GUAGUGCGCCUGCUCGCCGCUAGAAUCGCUGUUUUGUGUUUUCCCCUCCUCAGCUGUUCUCCGGUUGUGUAUGUUGUGAGGAGUGUAGUCUACUGGUUGUGGAUAUGUAGAAGUGGUGCAGACUUGUAAGAAGCUGUGUCUUUUGACAGGAUAUAUUAAUUUCAGUGAAAAGAACCUGAAGAAGUCACGGUUUAUUCGAGUUGCUACUCAGCAGCCACGGGGCUGAGAUUGGAAGAAUUCGGCUUGAAUCUGUGGAGCCUGUCGGCCCGGUUGUCUUUUUUCGUGACACACAAUGGGACUUGUUUAAGCCGUGCUGGCCUGAGCCCCCGCUGUCAUCCUUCCCCACACAACAGCGGCGGCUGUCCUGGAGGCUUGUCACUUUGUGGUCGUCGAGGCAGCAGUGCGCGACUGGAGAGUGCCUGCCGCCGUCUCUCCGCCUCUCGUCAUUCAGGCCAGUCUCAGCCCGGCCGCCAUGUUAAUGCAGCCGCCGUUGGCAGCACCCUAAGUUCAGCGAGAGCAACGGCCGCCAGUUGCCUGGUGGUGGCACCGACCAACAGCGUCAUAGUCCGGAUUGGACCGGCCCCUCCACCGGGCCUGAGCACUGUGUCUGCUGCUGGAUAGUCGCCAUGGCAGAGGCUACUUACUCAUGGGCGUACUCCUUGGUGGAUUCCAGUCAAGUGUCCACUUUCCUUAUUUCCAUUCUUCUCAUUGUGUAUGGCAGCUUCAGGUCCUUAAAUAUGGAUUUUGAGAACCAGGACAAGGAGAAGGAUGGGACAAGUUCCACGAAUGGCAAUUUUAAUGGCAACACCAGUAGUAACAGUAUCCAGACAAUUGACUCAACGCAAGCACUGUUCCUUCCAAUUGGGGCCUCUGUGUCACUCCUAGUCAUGUUCUUUUUCUUUGAUUCUGUCCAAGUCGUUUUCACCAUAUGUACAGCAGUGCUUGCAACAAUAGCCUUUGCCUUUCUGCUUCUGCCAAUGUGCCAGUAUUUAACCAGACCGUGUUCACCUCAGAACAAAAUUUCCUUUGGCUGUUGUGGCCGUUUCACCGCCGCUGAGCUGCUCUCAUUUUCCCUUUCUGUUAUGCUUGUUCUCAUCUGGGUCUUGACUGGACACUGGCUUCUUAUGGAUGGUGAGUAUGUUGUAUGUCUUGCGUUAAGAUUGAGUAGAUGGGUUCUUAACUCACUUGUGGAACUUUUGGCGAAGGGUAACGCCUUCGUACCUAAUCAACAGAUGGACAUAGUUCAAACAGUUAAAGACUUAAAACUUUUUGUGAGGAAACUGAAUUUGAACCUCUUGUUUGGCAACUCUGUUUAUGUUUUUUUUUCAGCCUACAUUUUCAACAGCAAUGUUAUGGUAAAGGUGGCCACACAACCUGCUGAUAACCCUUUGGAUGUUCUGUCCAGAAAACUUCAUUUAGGACCAAAUGUAGGUCGAGAAGUUCCACGCCUCUCUUUACCAGGCAAGCUUGUUUUUCCAAGUUCCACAGGCAGCCAUUUCUCAAUGCUGGGGAUUGGAGACAUCGUUAUGCCCGGGCUGCUGCUAUGCUUUGUUCUGCGAUACGACAACUAUAAGAAACAAGCUACAAGUGAUCUCUGUGGUCCACCAGGAUCUGCAAAUAUCUCUGGUCGUAUGCAGAAGGUGUCCUAUUUCCACUGCACACUCAUUGGGUACUUUGUUGGUCUUUUAACUGCAACAGUUGCAUCCCGAAUUCACCGAGCUGCCCAGCCAGCACUGCUGUACCUCGUGCCAUUCACUCUGCUACCACUGCUUACUAUGGCAUAUUUAAAGGGUGAUCUACGACGGAUGUGGUCAGAGCCAUUCCAUGCUAAAACAAGCAGCCCUCGCUUCCUGGAAGUAUGAUGGAAAGAAAAUGACAGAUGCACUUUUAAUUCCAAAAUGGUUUUACUACCUGAAGGAACUAUCUGCAAAACUACUGCAGAAUGCUGUGAUGGUCUGUCUUUAAUUUGUCAUCCUGAUGAUCCUCCAUCAUACAGAAUAAUGUAAAACUUGAUUCAAUACUGAGGCUGCUGCAGUUUUUUUUUUUUUUUUUUUUAAUUACUGUUGGAGGAGCCCCAUGUGGUAGAACAAAUCAUGCAGACCUUCAAUAAAAAUAAACUGCCUUCUGUGUUACACAUGGAUGUCGAGUCCCUCUUGAGCAGAAAUUUCACAACUGCUUGUCAAGUAAGACUGUUCAGAUGGCUGCCCGUGUGACACUUCGAGGGGAACCAUGCAGACUGCCACUUGAACCACAGAAAACAGAAUAGUCAACAGCAUCACUUAGUGUCAUCUUUAACAGUUUCAGUGACUUUCAUCUGUGUGAUGACACUUCAAAUCCCAUUACAGAGUUACUACAGCGCGCAACACACUUCUGUACAGCAUCUUUUCCACCUUGUGUCUUGCUGUGCACUGCACAGUAAUAACAGGAAGACGUGUUUAAGAGGACUGCUGUUGUGUAUUCAGCGUGGUGUGUUGUAAAUUUGAGCAUGUAUAGCAGUUAUUUUCGGUUUCUUGUAUAUACUCAUCUCUCCACUAAAAAUGCAGCUUUGAAUAUUGGGUGUGUGAAGUUCGUGUGCCAUUCCAUUGAUGACCCUCUCCUUGUCCUACUUUCACUGUAGAAAGCUACUCUUCCUUUUUAUAUACUUGAACAUAUAUAUAUAUAUAUAAAUAUCUAUAUAUGUAAAAAUACAUAAUGUAAAGGUCCCCUACUAAAGUUUUAAAAUGGGUUUCUGGUUGUGGAGCUAUGGCAUGUAUUAUAGCAUUUAAGUCUCCAUAUCCCUGUUGUUCCACAACAUGUAAAUAUAUUGAGUUUCUUUUCCUUUAUUGUACACAUUUUUGUUGAUUUAACCCCUCUUGCAACAAAAUUCAUAUUUGCAGUGCUAUUAAUGGCCCUUUUACGUGAAUUUCCACAUCUGCUGCAUUCCCCUGCCUGCUUGUUGUGCUGGUUGUUGGUGAGACAGGUUAAGUGGAAUUUUCAUGUGAUAAGAUUGUAUUAGAAAGUUGUGACAGGGGUAGUUUGCACUGCCUUCCAAAAGUAUUUAGGCAUUUUUUUAUGGCUGAGAUCAAGCAGGUGUGUAGAUAGUAUAGUAGGUAAAACUGUACUCCUCUCCUUGGCUCGUAAGCAUUGUAGAUGAUUAAAAAAGCCAGUAUACUGUGGAACUUGAGUGAGUUGCUGUGCUUCUUGCGGGAGUGCAGCCCCUUGGUAACUUGUUGGAUAUUUGCCAGCAAACCAUGUUUUGGUGGCUUGACUAAAGUGUGGUUUGGCUUAAAUGUGUGAUUUGGAACUCCCCCCCCCCCGAGAUAUUUUGUAUACUUAGUUGACCUCUGACACAUACAGCCCUGGCAUUUUGCUAGCCUGAUAGCUUCAUUGAUUGCCAUUGCACUGUCUUAGUUUGUGUGGCAAAACAUGCUUUUUCAUUGAUUUUGAUACUAGUAUUUGGCUGCUGGAUACAAGGUGUACUAGGAAAAGGUAAGUUUUUAGGGAGAUCCAUUCAUUCUGUGACCUGUUGGAUUACAAGCAUAUUGCUUGCACUCUGUCUCAAGAUAUAAGUUUGUUGUUAUCCCAGGUUUGGCUUUUCCUUGUAUGUGUGAUUGGUGGAUGUGCAAAAGCCUGUCUGACUUAAGUGUCAACUUUGAAGCAUGUUCUGGAUUUGAGAACCAAUAUGUUGGUUAGCCAAGGAGAUUUGUGACCAUUUUAAAUGGUGUACUUGGAUCUUGAGCACUUGAGCUUCAGCAAUAUAAAGGAGUAACCUUUGUUUCCUAGAAAAGGUAAGCCAGUGUGCAGAGUGAAGUGAUCCUAGAAAAGGUAAGCCAGUGUGCAGAGUAAAGUGAGAAUUUGUAGUAAUGUGGCUGCACAGCAUUACUGGACACGCAGUCUUGCCAAUGUAAUGUGUGUAGGGAGUAAUGGACAGUUUUCCAUACCCAGAAGUAAACUAUUAGAAAAUCUGUAUUAAACUUUAUGGUUCUGUUUCUCUCCCCAUGUAAAAGUAAAUGAGUUGGCUAUCUUCACAUAAUUGAGCCAAAAUAGUAAAGUUUGAGGCCUGCCACUGAUAUUCAUACUUGAUCCUUAACCCCUUUUGUUGUUUAAGUAUUCCAUCAAGUAGAAAUGUGGGUGUCCUUUUUCUGGAGUAUAUUUCUCUCUGGGUGAUUCUGUGUGAAGUGAUAUACUUUUUUUUGUUAAGGGUUAAAAUACUUCAAUGGUGCUUUGCAAUGGCAUUGUUUUAUUGAACUCAAGUGGGUUUAAAACUGUAUGAAGCCAUUGUGUGUUAAAGAUGUUACCCCUAAUUAGGUAUUUGUUCCAUUAGAGAUUGGUCAGAUCUUUUCAACACUGCUGAAUGAUGAGUGAGGCAGAACAGCUGCUUAUUUUUUAAAAGAUGCAAGAAAAGCAUUUUACCGUCUCUCCGGGGAUCAAAGCCACAGUAAGUGUACAGUAUGAGAACUGAUGCUUUUUCUUGCCUCCUCUGUAAGUCACCUUUCAGACUGGCCACAGUUUUUAUGAUGCUGCUUUGAGAUGGGAAUGAGUGUAGUCUAUCUGAGUAGGCCUUUCUUGCACAUGUAGUCUUGUGUCCUAAUCCUAUAUGAAUGUUUCCUUCUCGCCAUCACCAGCAUUUGUACUUUUUGUGCUGUAGACUAGGGGCCAUGCAUUCUAAUACCACUGAUAAGGGCAUUGCUGGUACAGGCACUGGAGUGGGCCAAGUGUGGCUCAGUGUUAGUGUAACAAAUCCUCAACAUUGUAUUCAAAAUGACCUCUUGAUUCCUAAUAUCCCAGAUGGAUUUUUUUGUAAAUAAAACUCAUAACUUGUGACUUUCA